AGCCAACCCCCUUGAUAUACACAAAUUCAGACACACAUACAAACAUACGGUCUUAUCAGAAAUGUCCUGCGCUUCAACUUUUGGCCCGGGCAUUCACAUUCGCUUUGCAGCCGUUCGCGUGCUCGGUACGAAAGACGCGCUUCUACCUACUCGGAAGGAUCACCGCGGUAACCGGGGUGGUCGAUUAAAACUCGAUACUUAAAUGCAGUGUUUAACUAUUUCAAAAAAUCAAUGGUGAAUGUGCAAUUGGGAAUUGUUUUUACACAGAGUAAAAUACAAAAUUUUAAGUCUGUGAGAAAAUUUGAAUACACACAAGUAGAUAUAUAUUGAAAAAUCUAGUCAAGUGCUUAAAGCCAAACAAAUUAUUGGAUAACAUCAAAUGUGAAUCAAGAAAAUCACAAGUCAAUCAUAUUACGAACACGUGUUGGCACUUGCUUUCUAUACCACCAAUUGCUCCUCGUCUGACACGUGCUGGGCACGCGUCCUCUAUUAACCAGCAAUUAUGUUUUCCAUGGAUAAUUUUGACUUGGAGGCUACUAUGGCCCGUCAUUUUUUCGAGGGAUCACAGGCCACAAAUGGUUCCACCUCUAGUUCGGAAUACUUCUUUGGUGAUGAACACAGCUCGGAGAGCGAUGAAGACGAAGAUGAUGCAUAUAGCAGUGGAUUUAACAGUGAUCAGGAAAAUACUGAAAAGACGCGUCGUAGUCACAAGCCCCGUCGUUUGAAAUGUGCCUCACAGAUGGCACAGCAGCGGCAGGCGGCCAAUCUUCGGGAACGUCGUCGGAUGCAGAGUAUCAAUGAAGCCUUUGAAGGACUUCGAACUCAUAUUCCAACUUUACCCUAUGAAAAGCGUUUAAGCAAGGUCGACACACUCAAAUUGGCCAUCAGUUAUAUAACAUUUCUCAGUGAAAUGGUAAAGAAGGAUAAAAAUGGUAAUGAACCAGGACUCAGCUUGCAGCGUAACUAUCAAAAGGAACCGCCCAAGAAAAUUAUACUAAAGGAUCGCACCGGCGGCGUUUCGCAUUCUUUAUCCUGGUAUCGCAAGGGUGAUCGGUAUCCUGGCAGCAAACUCUAUGCACGCACCUGGACACCGGAGGAUCCUCGUUUACCAAUUGGCAGUCAGCCUCUAUAUAAUAAUAGCAAUUUGAAUCAUAAUCAAAAUAGUAAUCAAGGCAGUGACGAUUUCAAUGGAAGUAAUGAUAUCUCUGAGGCUGGAUCGGCUGCUGGAGCUGCUGCCAUGUAUUAAGGAAAAUAUAUAUAAUCGAGCAAGUCGAAUGAAACUAGUCAACGGCAACAUUCUAGUGGCAUCUCUCUAACUUAUAUAUAUACAUACUUAGUAGUAUAAUCAAAUU